CAUUCCUUCCGUCCAAAAUUUCUUUAUGAAGCAGAGCAGCUGAAUAGUCAAGGUUUUAAGCUUUAUGCUACACCAGCAACUUCAGCAUGGCUCAAUAGUAAUGGGAUACCUGCUUCUCCAGUUGCCUGGCCUUCGAAGGAGAACUCGGAAUCCACACUUCCUCCAGUCAAACAGCUCAUAAAGGAUGGGAGCAUAGACUUGGUAAUUAACCUUCCCAACAACAACACCAAGUUUGUGCAGGACAAUUA